UCUGCCACUACCACACACCACUACCAACCACUACAGCGCUAUCCAGACUUGCUCUUCAUUCUUUGGUACUCAAGUCUCGGAAUCAUGGACUCAAGAAUCACCACUCCAUUCUGGAACUCUGUUUCUUGACUGUUGGUUCUGGUUUCGACAUUCUUUUGUCCUCGUCCAUGUCAACAUAACCCACAUCGCCAUUGAACUGCUGUUACUUGCUCGACCACCCUCCUCAUUUAUCCUCCGUACACACCAUCACACUGGACCCGCGCCCACCAUCUGCGCAAACCCUCCAAAACCUGUCAAUCCUUCAUAAAUCGUCUCCGACGCGUCGCUCCUUACUGUUUUACUGUCUCGCUAUCGAACCUGACUUUACACGCCUUGGUCUAUCUGCCCGAACCACCUCCUGCGACCUCACUAAAUCCGCCCUGACUCCCCUCCGCGCAGCCUCCACAACCCCGGGCCAUCUCUCAUCCUGCGCCUCUGUCUCUAUGCGACCUGAAUUGCGCAACAGGCAGUUGAUCUCCAAGGCCCUGCACGGGAAUCCAGAUUCAACAUCUCCCUGCAAAUGGUUCGUGCGAUGACAACAUUGAAACCGCAGCUCGUGAGAGCUGAUACUCUUGACUUACAAGAUCACAAUACCCCUUCCGCUCAAGAUCAUUCCCGCCAACCUACACAUCCUUCCCCAUAUGGUUAUGGGCCUGCUGCUCCACACCAAGCCCAAACUCUCAGACAAGCCGAGCACGAGGCUUAUCAACAACAACAUUCCAGCCCCAGAGCCUCGGAGGACAAGUCUGCUGGAGCGGCCUUUGGCUAUGGCGAUGCGGAAGACGAGCCUGGUGGAGGGAGUUCCCAAAAUGGUCCCAUGACUUCAAGCUACAAUCCCCAGGACACUGAUGAGGCCGAGAGCGUUGAUUCCCACGAUGAAGACAUGGACGACGAUUUAUUGGAUAAGAUAUCAAGCUCACCCUCAAUCGAUGAUGGUAAAUACCCCCUCCCUGCGUGGCCCCCACGAGUCGACUCGGUCAUGUGUGGAGCCUCUCCAGCUUCUUCAUCACCGAUCGAUCGUGAAAUCCCUUCAUCCUCACCGUUUUCGUCUACCCCUGAUCAUUUCCCCUUGAACCUUUCACAAGAUUCUACUUCGACCAGUCAUCUUGGUGAGUUCCAGGUCUACCAGGAUACCGAGGAAGAAGACCAUCAAACUGGCCAUCAUAAUCAUCUGGACUCCGAAAACUCAACUUCCGUACUCCCAACUUCCAUACUCGGAAUCUCAAUUCCCUUAUCUGAAUCCCAAGAAUUCCAGAAAUAUCUUCUACCCUUGGACGACCCCCUACUCCUGGACGAAAGUGACACGUCUCACGAGAAUUACUCGGCGCAUGCCCACUAUCACUCCAGCGACAAUCAAUACGCAGACUGGCAGGAUGAAAAUGUGUAUAUCCUGGACCAUGACUCAAGUUCUGAUGAUGACACCGAAGACUUUUCCUUUACAGCUGAUGAUCGUUUUAUUGAUUCUGGUUGGGGAGGAGAAUGCUUACGAGACAUAGAGGACAUUGAUUUCGAAUUCGUCUACGCUUUACACACUUUUGUGGCCACCGUCGAAGGCCAAGCCAAUGCUACCAAAGGCGACACAAUGGUCUUGUUAGACGACAGUAACAGUUAUUGGUGGUUGGUUAGAGUGGUCAAGGACGGCAGUAUUGGCUAUCUUCCUGCAGAACACAUUGAAACUCCCACGGAACGUUUGGCCCGCCUCAACAAGCACAGGAACAUCGAUCUAUCCGCCUCAAUGUUGGGAGAUAAUCCGGAGAAAUCCAAAAAUCCUCUAAAGAAGGCCAUGCGCCGAAGAAACGCAAAGACUGUGCAGUUCACAGCUCCAACAUAUUACGAGCCCUCUGAUUAUGAGUAUUCUGACGAGGAAGACGAAGCUGACGAAAGUCAACUGGAUCAGAUGGGCGACGAUAAUGUCGAUGAUACAGAUGCAGCAGAGGAAUCGCAAGACAAGUCAACUGGAGAAGUCGAACAACAGGCUCAGCGCACUGCAGUGACCACCAAUGGAGUGCAGCGGAUGACCAGCAAUGAGAGUCUGAACAGCAAUUUGUCAGCCAGUCCAGUCAAAGGUCUUGCGACCGAAUCUGGUAUCGAACAAUCCAAGGCUGAAGAACCUGUGUCGAGGUCACGGAAGGGUAAUGUUAGAAACACCGACUCAUUCUUCAGAGACGACACGGCGGAAACUAAGAAGAUCUCUCUUACCCCUCGGUUGCUUCGAGGUGAUUCGGACGCCAAUGUUUCAUCAGUGGAACAGGAAGAUCGGCAACGACCCAGCAUCGAUACCUUUGACAAGGUGCUGGCGGUGGACGAUAAAUCGAAGGAGAAAAAGAAGGAGAAGAAGGGCAUGUUGAGUGGAUUCUUCAAACGCAGCAAAAAGGGUGCCAUUCAGGAAGAGGCUGAAAGACCGUCGGAAGAGGCGCGCCAGUCACCACAAUCCAAAGAAUCGCUGGACUCGCUCAAUACUCGACCUGAGGUUGGACCGGAACGUAAGCCUAGCAAGCUGCAGAAACCGCCCCGGUCUGUAUCACCCAAGGCUUCCCCAACGGAUCACCGUAAUCCCCAGAGUUUUGCUACUGGAACGACGCAGAACACAGCUUCAGCAGCAGCCGGGCCCGCUUCUGCGACCCUGUCAAGUACUCUCCGAAAGGUGGAUAGCGAAUCUAGUCAAGCAUCGGAUGACCCCUAUGCAGCGACAAAUCAGAACCAGUCUGUCGCCCAAGUCAAGCGAUUCCCAUCUCUCUCGGAACAACGCUCGAUGUUUUCAUCGAAUACCUCCACCACCCUCAAACCCACGCAAAUGUCAACCUCGACCACCACCUCUCCGGCCAAGGCUGGCUAUCUCCAAGGAUCCAAGGAACAGUUGGACACCCAAGCAGACGUAUCAGAUGAUGAUGAGCCAACUCCAAGGGCAGCAGAACAGGAGACUCAAUCCCUAUCGUUCGAGACAGCUGGUAAAGGUCAGUCUGUGCAAUCAGAAUUGAGAAACCAGCCCUCAACAAUGGACCCAUCUUCGCAGAGUUUCAACGCCCAAAAAUCUCAUGCACAAGCAUUGGGGCCGGAGUAUAUUGACACCAAUCCUGCCGAUUCUGAAGGAAGUGCAAGCUCGUCCAAGCCUUCGCCAUCAAGUGCGACACAUACACCAUCUACGGCUCGGUCAACGCCAACAUGGUCUGAUGCAUCACUGCGGAUGUACAUGGAGAAUAACCAAGAUAUUAAAGACCUCCUCAUCAUUGUGCAUGACAAGUCGAAUGUUACUCCAGUUGGGCCUGAUCAUCCUUUGAUGAGCAAUCUAUUCGUGGAUGAGCGAACCAGGUUGGCAGAAAUGCAAACGCAACUUGAUACCAUGUUGAUGACUUGGAUGGGCAAGAAGAAUUCGAAUCUGUUAUCGAGUUCGAGUUUUGGGGGAUGAUAAUGACAAUGAUUAUUGGGGAUCAAGGAAUUAGCCAACGAUUUAUGCGAUGUGCACGGGGUUAAUCGUUUUGCAGAUUCAGUUGUCGGCAUGCCAGAGAAAUCGCUCGCCGUGUACAACAAGAGUCAUUGAUGAAUGCUUGCUUUGAUUCUGUACUGACGACCAAGCUCGGAUUGAAGGAAGGACGAGCCAUGAAGCCUCAAGGCAUGAAAUAUUGAGCUGAGGCACACUGUACAGACACUUUGAUAUCGAAAAACAAGGUCAUGGUCAUGGAUGGAGUCGGGUAUUUCCAGGACGCUUCAUGGUAUCUAUUUGGUUGGGACAGCGGCGACUAGGAAUCUAAUCCAUCACGAAUGGCAUUGAUACAUGAUGAUUGUUCUCCUUGCAUUCGAUAGUAUGAAUAAGUAGCCCAGCG